AACUAUACAUGCCAUAAUGUGAAGCAAGAGAGAAAACCAGUUCUUGUACAGAAGCUGAGGAUGGCUUGCCUCGAAAGGGCUUCGCCGGCAUUGAAGGAGGUCUUGCGCAAAUUGCACCGUGCUGAAAUCCCAAUGGAGAUUGAUCAUCAUAUACAUGAAUUUGGAUCUGUCCAAUACCAUAUCCAGGCUUCUCAAUCAGAUCCUCAUAAUGUCUACUUGUCAGUAUCAACCCCAGUACUAUCAAAAGGGAUCUUGCUCUGUGAUGGACUUCCACCUAGGACUUUACAGACUGUACAAAGAACUCAUCCUACCAUUAUUGAAGUCGUAGAACCCCCUAAAGGAGGAUAUCAACUUACUCUAAAACUCAAGUUUGAUAAGAUUCCACCACAUGGCAAAGGUUUGGUACUUCUCAUGGCACUGAGUUCUGCUCACUGUUGAUUAGUUGUAGCAUAAUGAAUGCACUUCAUAGUA